CCCAGAAUUUCUGUCUGAAAUAUAUUGUGGGGUUUAUCUAUUUUUUAUUUUUGGUUUUUUCCAAAACAACUUUUUUUUUUUUCCUUUCAAUUUUUUCAACUUCCUAGUUGAAGACGACGUGUAAAGCUGAAAACAUAAAAAGGGUGUUUUUGUUUAUUUUGCUUAUUUUGCUUAUUUUUGGUGUUUUGGAUGAUCUGUAUUUUCCCUUGUUCAGUGGAUUUGUUGUUGAAAGGGGGUUUUGAGAAUAUUUUGGUGAAGAUUUUGAAGCUGAGAUUUUUCUGGUGAAGUACUACUCCUAUGGCUGCUCAAUUGCAGAAACCUGCGGAUGAACUUGUUAGGAAGAAACCUCAUGGUGAUUCUUCAACGGUUGAACUCAAUAAUUCCAACAUGGUUCCUUCAAAGGGUGGAAGCUCUCCAUCAGAUGCAAGAUCAUGUGUGUCAUCUGUAGGAGAUGCAUCUGGGAGUGGUAAAGAAGGAGAUGUGGAUCAUGAGUACCUUGCCAUGGAUCAGAGUGUUCCUUUUCCUGGUGGUGGCUAUUAUGGCUACUACUAUCCAGGUUAUGGUGGUUUCUUUGGAGAGCCAGAUAAUCAAGGAUACUAUGUUGGUGCUGAUGCAGUUGAUCUUCAGUAUCCUGUUGUGCCAGCAGAUAAUGGAUCUUAUGCCUAUCUCAUGCCAGGAUUUCAGACUGGCUACUCUUCAUACUUUGCUCUGAAUACAGCUGGCGUCGACGGGCAGUAUGUUGGCCAUCAAGUGUAUCCCCCUGGCUCCAUAUUCCAACAACCAAUUGGUUCACCUGGGUACUUCUCGGCUUCUCUACCUUAUGGGGAGUUUCUGCCGUCAACACAUUUGUGGGAUUUGUCUUCAACCACACAAGAUCGGUCACAAGGUGAUGGCCGUAAUGAGUUUUCCGGGAAACCAAGUGGUAGAACCAAUUUGUCUACACAGAAUCAUGCGGGUGGUAUAGUGUCAAAGUCCCCACAUGCAGCUAACUUAACCAAUCAAUUGGAAGCGAAGGGUUCAACCCCAUCGUUGGAUGUAUUGUCAACUCAUGUUAAGCCAAAACAAGUUAACAAGGCACCGUUUUCGGCCCUCCAUUCAGAAACAAUGGCAAAGGGUUGUUUGUCUGUCGCCAAAUUUCCAACAUACAAUCAAGGGAAGAGUGGAUACCUCUAUCCGAAUAACUUGCUUAACGUGAAAGCAUCUACAAAGAGUUGGGUUAGUACUGACAAGUUAAAACUGCGAAGCAAGGUUAAUGGUUCGCUCAAUGAGCAAAAUCAGGGUCCUAGAACGACUAAUGUGAAAGGUUCAUCUGUAUCUGUGGGAGCUGGGAGUGGAAAUGCUAGUAGCAAAAUCAGGAUAGAUCUAUAUAACAGUCCUGAUUUUGUGACCAAAUAUGAUCAUGCACUUUUCUUCGUCAUCAAAUCAUACAGCGAAGAUGAUGUCCAUAAGAGCAUCAAGUACAAUGUGUGGGCAAGUACUCCUAACGGGAAUAAGAGGUUGGAUAGUGCAUUUCAGGAUGCACAAAAGCGGAUGGAAGAGAAAGGAAGCAAGUGCCCCGUAUUCCUUUUCUUUUCGGUCAAUGCCAGUGGUCAAUUUUGUGGAGUAGCCGAGAUGACCGGGCGAGUCGAUUUCAAUAAAAGUAUGGAUUUCUGGCAACAAGACAAAUGGAAUGGAUACUUCCCUGUCAAAUGGCACAUCAUAAAGGAUGUUCCAAAUCCUCAGCUACGACAUAUAAUCCUAGAGAAUAACGAUCAUAAGCCAGUAACAAAUAGUCGAGACACACAAGAGGUGAGUUUUGCGCAAGGUAUCGAAAUUCUCAACAUCUUUAAGAACUAUAUAGCAAGAACAUCCAUAUUGGACGAUUUUGAAUUCUAUGAGAGCCGCCAGAAGGUCAUGCAGGAAAAGAAAAUGAGGCAGUCUGUGCCCCACGCCAACAUGCAGCAUGUAGAUGAAUUAACAACUACACUUGAGUCAUUAGACAUAUCAAAUGUGAAGAACAACAACAUGAUGCAGGAUCCGAAGUUGGUUGAGAAAGUGAAAGAUUGAAGUGUUGGGGUUGAUGCUCUUUCCAAUGGACCCCGCCACGUCAGCAUGCCGGUUAAGAUUGUUACAGCCAGUACAGUUUGGCACUUCCACUUGGACUAAAAGUCUAAAAAGUAAGCACAACAUGAAGUUCUCUUUAGGCCAUAAAAAUAAAAGGAAAAACAAUGUUGGUGAUGCUUUUAGGAAGGAAAAAAAAAAAGACAAAAAACUUGUGAGGGGAAAUUGAUGGAUGCAUUUCCAAAAUUGUACAAAAAAAGUUUACAAAUUUAUGGAGUUUUUUUAGAGUUAGUGAAAUGGACCCGUCGCUGAUUGAUGCCAUUUUACAAAGGUGCUAUAACCUGAGGGCAUAAGUUCCUUUGUUUUCAUUUUAUUUUAUUUUAUUUUGCACAUCCUUCUUGUUUC